AUGUGCUGGAUGCAUCGAGAAUUAUCAUGCAACAUAUUAAAAUGGAAGCUACAUUAAUACUCAUUAAAUGAUAAACUAAGCCAAAAUUUAGAUGGAUGGACUUUUGUAUCAAAUAAUAGUUAAUAUUAAAUGUUUGAUUGUGGAGGGUGCUAAUUUUAGUAAUUUCUUGAGCUUAAUUAUUCUACUGAAUUACCUCCUCAUUAAGAUGUAUUAAUCAGGUUUUUUUAAAUUGAUUGGAAUAUUUUAAUAGUAAAUUACUUAUAUGGUAAAAAAGUUAUUAGUUAUGAAUAUUUAAUAGAAAUAUUGAUAAGAAAUCAUUAAGAUCCUAUAUUAUCAUUAAAUUUUAAAAUCCAAUCAGGUUCACAUCAUGGCCGAAUAAGAGAUUUUGAAUUAUUUUAUACAGAGCCAUUAAUAAAGGUUCCAACUUUAAAUGAAGGUUGUUUAGAGUAAAUUGAUGAGAAAUGUCUGAAUUGCCAAGAAGGUUGGAUUUAAGCUGAAUUCUUUGAAAAUUUUCAUCCAAUUUGUGGAAAUGGAAUUAUAGAAGGUCAAGAAGAAUGUGAUGAUCAUAAUCUAACAUCUAAUCAUACAUGUUUUUAAUGUAAAUAUUAAUGUGUACAAUUUUGUUAAAUUUGUUAAUUUGGAAUUUGUUUACAAUGUAUAGAUGGAUUUACACUUGUUGGUUUUACUUGUGAUCUUGUGUGUGGAGAUGGUAAUUUAACUCCAUAUUCAGUUGAGUAAUGUGAAUUGGCAGUUAAUGGGGUAUGGGAUGGUUGUAAGGAUUGCAGAUUUAUUUAAAUCGCUGAUUGUAAAACUCACUACUUUUCAAUUGCUUGGAGUGUGAUAUAGGAUUUUAGAUGAUAGAAAAUGUAUGUCAUCCUAAUUGCGGAGAUAAAAUCAUUCUGGAAUAAUAUGAGGAUUGCGAUGAUGGAAAUUUACAAUUUUAUGCUGGAUGCUAUUAAUGUAAAUUCCAAUGUAUUGAAGAUUGCAACAUAUGUAAUCGAGGAUAAUGCAUUUUGAAGUGCUCAGAAGGAUAUUAAUUUAUUAACGAUAGUUGUCACUGGUGACCAAAUGGUCACAAAAGAAGAAGAUUGCGAUGAUGGAAAAUCAAUAUAGUUUGAUGGUUGUUUUUAGUGCAAGUAUUCUGGUCCAGAAAAUUGUAUUGAUUGCUAUAAAGGUAAUUGUUUAGAGUGCAAUUAUCAAUACGAGUUAUUAAUUUCGAAUGAAUGCAAAUUAUAAUUAAAAUGCGGAGAUGGAUUGCUUUACGAAUAAGAGGAAUGUGAUGAUGGAAAUUAUGAAGCAGCCGAUGGAUGCUAUGAUUGUUUAAUUGAAUAAAAUUGGAUUUGCAUAACAAUAACAAGAGAUUCUCCUAGCUAAUGCACUUUUGUUCAAGCUCCAAACCUAGGAAUAAAUUAUCUUAAUAUGACUUAAAAUAAAUAAUAUAUUAGCCUCUAAUUUAAUUAAUAAGUAUAGAUAUAUACAUCAUAACCCUUAUCAGAAACUAUAUAUUUUGAAUUAUUAGAAAUAGACAAAAAGCACUGGAACAGCAGCUUAUUUAUAAUAUAGGAUGUUGAAUCAUAUUUAAGUUUUGGAGAGUACGUUAUUUAAAUAGAAGUUAACUAACUGCUUGACUUUAGGCCAGUCUUGAAAAUUGGAGUAAAUCAAACAGUUGCUAAUAUCAUGGGUGUUGUUUUGGUUGAUUCUGAAAAAUACAUUAAAUUAGAAUACCCAAAAUAUCUAGAUGAAACACAGAAGCAAUAUUCUUAAAGUUUGAAAAGUGUUAAUGAAUAUUUAAUUUAUAGUUUAUCUGGGAUUACUGCAGUAAGUCUUCUAUUAGGAAGUGGAGAUUUAUUUGUUGAAAUUUUGGCGAUCCUUUAAUUUUAGCAGUACUUAAGAUAUCUCAAUUUAUUAUUCCCUGAAAAUCUAGAGAUUUAUUUUNCUAAGCCAAAAUUUAGAUGGAUGGACUUUUGUAUCAAAUAAUAGUUAAUAUUAAAUGUUUGGUUGUGGAGGAUGCUAAUUUUAGUAAUUUCUUGAGCUUAAUUAUUCUACUGAAUUACCUCCUCAUUAAGAUGUAUUAAUCAGGUUUUUUAAAAUUGAUAGGAAUACUUUAAUAGUAAAUUACUUAUAUGGUAAAAAAGUUAUUAAUUAUCAUUAUUUAAUAGAAAUAUUGAUAAGAAAUCAUUAAGAUCCUAUAUUAUCAUUAAAUUUUAAAAUCCCAGGUUCAUAUCCUGGCCAAAUAAGAGAUUUUGAAUUAUUUUAUACAGAGCCAUUAAUAAAGGUUCCAACUUUAAAUGAAGGUUGUUUAGAGUAAAUUGAUGAGAAAUGUCUGAUUUGCCAAGAAGGUUGGAUUUAAGCUGAAUUCUUUGAAAAUUGUCAUCCAAUUUGUGGAAAUGGAAUUAUAGAAGGUCAAGAAGAAUGUGAUGAUCAUAAUCUAACAUCUAAUCAUACAUGUUUUUAAUGUAAAUAUUAAUGUGUACAAUUUUGUUAAAUUUGUUAAUUUGGAAUUUGUUUACAAUGUAUAGAUGGAUUUACACUUGUUGGAUUUACUUGUGAUCCUGUGUGUGGAGAUGUUAAUUUAACUCCAUAUUCAGUUGAGUAAUGUGAAUUGGCAGUUAAUGGGGUAUGGGAUGGUUGUAAGGAUUGCAGAUUUAUUUAAAUUGCUGAUUGUAAAACUCACUACUUUUCAAUUUGCUUGGAGUGUGAUAUAGGAUUUUAGAUGAUAGAAAAUGUAUGUUAUCCUAAUUGCGGAGAUAAAAUCAUUCUGGAAUAAUAUGAGGAUUGCGAUGAUGGAAAUUUACAACCUUAUGAUGGAUGCUAUUAAUGCAAAUUCCAAUGUAUUGAAGAUUGCAACAUAUGUAAUCGAGGAUAAUGCAUUUUGAAGUGCUCAGAAGGAUAUUAAUUUAUAAACGAUAGUUGUCACUCUGUUUGUGGUGACCAAAUGGUCACAAAAGAAGAAGAUUGCGAUGAUGGAAAUUCAAUAUAGUUUGAUGGUUGUUUUUAGUGCAAGUAUUCUUGUCCAGAAAAUUGUAUUGAUUGCUAUAAAGGUAAUUGUUUAGAGUGCAAUUAUCAAUACGAGUUAUUAAUUUCGAAUGAAUGCAAAUUAUAAUUAAAAUGCGGAGAUGGAUUGCUUUACGAAUAAGAGGAAUGUGAUGAUGGAAAUUAUGAAGCAGCCGAUGGAUGCUAUGAUUGUUUAAUUGAAUAAAAUUGGAUUUGCAUAACAAUAACAAGAGAUUCUCCUAGCUAAUGCACUUUUGUUCAAGCUCCAAACCUAGGAAUAAAUUAUCUUAAUAUGACUUAAAAUAAAUAAUAUAUUAGCCUCUAAUUUAAUUAAUAAGUAUAGAUAUAUACAUCAUAACCCUUAUCAGAAACUAUAUAUUUUGAAUUAUUAGAAAUAGACAAAAAGCACUGGAACAGCAGCUUAUUUAUAAUAUAGGAUGUUGAAUCAUAUUUAAGUUUUGGAGAGUACGUUAUUUAAAUAGAAGUUAACUAACUGCUUGACUUUAGGCCAGUCUUGAAAAUUGGAGUAAAUCAAACAGUUGCUAAUAUCAUGGGUGUUGUUUUGGUUGAUUCUGAAAAAUACAUUAAAUUAGAAUACCCAAAAUAUCUAGAUGAAACACAGAAGCAAUAUUCUUAAAGUUUGAAAAGUGUUAAUGAAUAUUUAAUUUAUAGUUUAUCUGGGAUUACUGCAGUAAGUCUUCUAUUAGGAAGUGGAGAUUUAUUUGUUGAAAUUUUGGCGAUCCUUUAAUUUUAGCAGUACUUAAGAUAUCUCAAUUUAUUAUUCCCUGAAAAUCUAGAGAUUUAUUUUUCUAUUAAUGAUCUGAUAACUAUUCAACCUCUCUUGGAUUUUAUGCAAUUUCCACAAUUCUUCUAGAUUAUUGAUAUUUAGUCAAAUUAAGAAUAUUCUAAUGGAAAAUUUAAAAUGUAUAAAUAAAGCACAAACUUACUAACAAAUCUUUCUUGCCAAAUACUUUAAUGCUUGGGAUUUUUAUUCCUUAUAUUAUUGAUGAAAUGGAUUAAAAGAGUUUUAUACUCAUGGAUAUUUUGUUCUAGGUUCUUUUACUAUAUGUCGAAGUUGUCAUUAUACAUUAAUCCAAAAUACAUUUUUAAGUUUAGUUAAUCUUAUUAUAAUAUUUGCCAGGAUUUGCUAAAAUUAGAGAAAUUUAUGUCCCUUUAUGGAUUAUAAAAAGUCUUACUCCUCAAUGGCUGGGAUAUGAUUUUUAAAACUCUAUUGUCUACUCAAAACAUCUAAGCCAAAAAUUACUUAGAUAUUGUACAACUUGUUAUCAUAGGCAUUCUUCUCAUUCUGUACUUUAGCAUAAUACUAAAUAUUUUCAAAGUUAAUCAAAAACUAUCAAAAGGUAGCCAAUAUGAGUAGUUUUAAAUUCAAAAUUUUGGCAGAUAAUUUUUCUUUAUUUUUUUCUUGAUUUAUAGCUAAAAUUCACAAAUACUUUAAUUGGGACUUCUCCUCUUAACAAGCUUAUUUUAAAUCAGAUUAGUUUAUAAUUAUCGUAGUGUCUUUAAUUCAAAGAAUUAUAUUGUGUAGAUGGUGGUUGAGAUAUCAGUAUUUACUUUUAUGUGUAGUUCAUUUUUAUAUAUAUAGGAGUUUAAUGAGUAUUUUAUUUAAAAUAAUAAAAUUAAGCUAGGGUGGAUUCAAGCAAUCUUAUUAUCUCAAGGUAUAAUUAUAGAAUUGAUUAUGAUUUCCUAAGAGGUUUUAUUAAAAUUGAUCUAGAAAUGUAGAAAAAAGUCAGAAGUUGUGGAUAAUCUAAAAAAACUAUGA